ACUCGGGGGAGGAGACCAAAGUGGGUCAGAAGACUCAGAGACACACGUUGAUUGUUGGCAACACCAUGUGCUCGCAUGUCACAUUCCCCUCCUCUGAUUCAUUCAUUUCAUUUCUUACCCCCUCCUCUCCCUUCUCUCCUCUCUCCUCUCUCCUCCUCCUCCAUAGCCUCUCUCUCUCUCUCUCCCCAGUCGUGGUCAAUACUCAUCGUGUCCAAGUCAAGGGACAAAACGAAACAGAACCCAACUCAUUCAAUUUCUAAGCUUCUGAAAUCAGAAGCAGCAAAAAUGAAGGAAAGCUCAGAUGGGUUUGUGAGGGCAGAUCAGAUUGAUCUGAAGAGCUUGGAUGAGCAGCUGGAGAGGCAUCUCAACAGGGUCUUGACUUUGGAGAAGAGCAAGAUCAUGAGAGACCCCGAAACCAAUUCCAACAGCAUCCACCUCACCACCACCUCCACCUCCAAUUCAACCGUCCCCACCACCGCCACCUCCACUUCCUCCAUGACCCUCUCCAUCCCCAAACGCCACCGCCAGGAGUGGGAGAUCGACCCCUCCAAGCUCCUCAUCAAGUCCGUCAUUGCUCGUGGCACCUUCGGCACCGUCCACCGUGGCAUCUACGACGGUCAAGACGUCGCCGUUAAACUGCUUGACUGGGGUGAAGAGGGUCACAGGACAGACUCCGAGAUUGCUUCUCUAAGAGCAGCUUUUACUCAAGAAGUUGCUGUCUGGCAUAAACUAGAUCAUCCUAAUGUUACUAAGUUUAUUGGGGCGACAAUGGGUUCAUCAGAUCUACAAAUACAGACAGAAAAUGGUCAAAUUGGCAUGCCAACUAAUAUCUGUUGUGUCGUUGUGGAAUAUCUUCCUGGGGGUGCUCUAAAAUCAUACCUCAUAAAGAAUAGGAGAAGGAAGCUAGCUUUUAAAGUCGUUGUCCAGCUGGCACUAGAUCUUGCUAGAGGGUUGAGCUACCUACACUCACAGAAAAUUGUUCACAGAGAUGUAAAGACGGAGAACAUGCUGCUGGACAAGAGUCGUGUAGUCAAGAUUGCUGAUUUUGGUGUUGCUCGUGUUGAAGCUUCAAAUCCCAAUGACAUGACUGGGGAGACCGGCACGCUUGGUUACAUGGCUCCUGAGGUCCUCAAUGGCAACCCAUAUAACAGGAAAUGUGAUGUUUACAGUUUCGGCAUCUGUUUAUGGGAAAUAUAUUGCUGUGACAUGCCAUAUCCUGACCUUAGUUUCUCCGAAGUGACUUCAGCUGUGGUUCGCCAGAACUUGAGACCUGAGAUACCUAGAUGUUGUCCAAGUGCCCUUGCAAAUGUAAUGAAGCGAUGCUGGGAUGCGAACCCAGACAAGCGGCCAGAGAUGGAUGAGGUAGUCACAAUGUUGGAGGCGAUUGACACAACGAAAGGCGGAGGUAUGAUCCCUCAAGAUCAGUCUCAGGGCUGUCUUUGCCUUCGAAUGAAACGAGGACCGUGAAGAUUUUAUUCGUUAAGAUACCAACUGGGAUGUGAUUAUUUCCAAGAUCAAAAGAGUCCAAUUUGUACUUAAGAUAGCAAACAGAGAAAAAGAUAUAUGGGAUAUAUCAAAAGGAGAUGAACAGAAAGGUAUAGAUUGAUGGAGCAAUGCUACUUUUCUCGUUUUCUUCGAGGAUGUAAAGCUUUUAUUAAAUAUUGUUACCCUUUUUUUCUUUUCUUUUCGUUAAAACGAAUGUGUAUUUAUUUGACUGGCACUACCAGCACCUUGGAAGAUCCGUUUAUAUACUAGUUAUAACGACAUGAA